AUGAUUCAAGCCAAAAAGACAUUUCAGGCAGGUAAUCGUGCACCAGAAGAUAAGGCUUUACCGUUGGCUCGAGGUUGUCCAAAACAAAGUUUUGGUAUGGACCCGGAAAGUGAGAAGAAUGAAAAGAUUUCAAAAGCCCGCGAGAUGGAACAUCGUUGGCGUCGUAUUGUUCAAAACGAUCUAGAGUCAAUUCCACUUGCUCUUGUGAUGUUUGGCCUCGGUGUUACUAUCGAAGAUCGUAUCAAUUCGAGCGUGCAGAUUGGAGCUAUGAUCAUGUAUACCGUGGUACGAUGCUUCCAUACGAUCGCAUACGCUUACAAGCUUCAGCCACACCGAGCAUGGUGCUGGCGUAUUGGUGUUGUGGCUAUCAUGGUUGGUGUUAUCAACGCUGUCAUUGGCGUCUAUGCAUAG